GCGGUCGCUCUGAGGAUCCCCCCUUGGGCCUCGGGCGCUACCACGACGAGGUCGCGGCGAAGCGCAUCAACGGGCGCGUGCUGCUCUGCCUCGUGACGAACGAGUGCCUCGCGCAGCUGGGCAUCACGUCGGGCGCGGACGUGGCGACGAUCCUCUGGACCGUCGAGGCGCAGAUCAAGGCCGGCGACGAGGGCGCGCACGCGAUCGUCGAUCCGAGCAUCUUCCUGAGCGUCGCCGACGCGAGCCGGUCGACGGCCGAGGCCGCCAAGGCCCGGAAGCGCGCGUCCGUGCCCGGCGCCGCGCGCGCCGAGGACAGCGACGAGGAGCGCGCGCCCAAGCCCAAGCGCGACGACGACGUCGACGACGACGACGACGACGACGACGAGGGCUUCGCGGCGGCCGAGCCCGACCUCCUGGGUUUGGGCGACGCCGCGCCGGCCGCGCCCGCCCCGGCCCUCCCCGACGAGGCCACGCUCACGCCCACGAAGGCGCCGGACGGCCUCUUCGCGCUCCGCUGCGCCGCCUACGCGUUUUUACCGGGCUGCGUCGACGACGACCGCGGCUUUUGGUACUUUUUGCUCCUCGAGCCGUCGCACGCGGUCACCUUCGCGCUCAUGUGGUCCGCGGCCGUCGAGUACGCGCGGACCGCGGCGCCCGUCGAGCGCCAGGGCGGCGCCCAGGCGCUGCUCCGCGGCGUCUACUAUUAUCUCGGCGUCGGCGCCGGGUCCUGGGUGGGCGGCCGCAUCGUCAAGGCGCGCGGGUUCCACGCGCUCUACGUCGCGGGCGCGGUCGGCAUGGCCGCGUGGAUGGCGGCCUGGGCGCUCCUCCUGCGCGCCUGGCGGCCGCGGCCGGCCGCCGCGGCCCUCGCGCCCGCGGAGGCGUCGACGGAGGUGUUCUAA